AUGGCGACGACAGCGGCAGCAGCAACAGCAACAGCAACAGCAGCAACAACAACAGAUAGAUCGAAGUACGAUGAGGAUAAGCUCCACCACACGCCUUGGGUUGAGAAAUACAGACCCAAGAACCUUGACGACGUUGCCUCACAAGACCAUGCUGUCAAAGUGCUCAAAAAACAAAUCUCCACCGGCAACUUACCACACAUGCUCUUCUACGGUCCUCCGGGGACUGGUAAGACGUCAACCAUCCUAGCGCUUGCUAAACAGUUGUAUGGACCGAACCUUUACAAGUCGCGAGUAUUGGAACUAAACGCGAGUGAUGAACGUGGUAUCUCUAUAGUUCGACAAAAGAUCAAGAAUUUUGCCAAGUUAACAGUGAGCAACCCGACUGAGGACGAUUUGCGAAAUUACCCUUGUCCACCAUACAAGAUCAUUAUAUUGGAUGAGGCUGACUCAAUGACUAAUGAUGCUCAAAGUGCUUUGAGAAGAACGAUGGAGACAUAUGCGAAUAUCACAAGGUUUGCAUUAGUGUGUAACUACAUCACCCGAAUCAUUGACCCAUUGGCUUCAAGAUGUUCUAAAUUCAGAUUCAAGUUGUUGAACAACGAGAACAGCUUGAAUAGGUUGAAAUAUAUUGCAAAGGAGGAGAACUUACACUUGGAUGAAAAUGGUGCGCCAGAUGAGGUUUUGAACGAAGUAUUGAGGAUCAGCAAUGGAGAUAUGAGAAAAGCAAUCACGUAUUUACAAAGUGCUUCUAAAUUGAGCAGCAGUUUGCAACUAGAAAAUUGUAAGAACGACAUGAACGAAGAUAACAAAGGUGAAAGCACACCAUCAUCAAGAAAAGGGGAUGAAAAAGAUGAUGAGGAGGAGGAAAAAGAUAAAGGGCUUAUCACAAAAGCGUCCAUCAGAGAAACAGCUGGAAUUUUACCGGAUACAUUAAUCUUGCAAAUGGUUGAGUCAAUAAAACAAAAAAAUGAAGGGAUUUUAAUUAAUUUGGUUAAUGAUAUCAUUUCAAGUGGCUGGAGUGUACAGCAGUUGAUUGAUCAGCUACAUGACCAAUUGGUCUGGGACGACACUAUAGAUUCAUUGAAAAAGAAUCAAAUUGCUUUGACGUUGUUUGACACGGAUAAAAAACUCAAUCUUGGUACCGAUGAGCAUAUACAAUUGCUCAAUUUGGUUCUCCAGGUGUCAGGUAUUGUAUAG